AUGGCGGCUCAAUUCUUCAACUACCCUGGCACUGAGACCAACGCCACCGAAUACCACUAUUCCCAAGCCGUUAAACUGGGCAACGUCGUGAAGACUUCGGGACAAGGCGGCUGGGAUGAACAAGGCAACAUUAUUCCUGUUUUGGACAAGCAAAUAGAAGCGGCCUUCGACAAUGUUCUCAAGGCUCUCAAGGCAGUAGAUGCUUCGCUAUCAUUUGACAGCAUCUACUCCAUUCGUUCGUACCAUCUAGACAUGGACUCAAGCUUCGAUACCAUGACGUCAACCUUCAAGCGGAUCUUUCCUAACCACCGACCAACGUGGACAUGCAUCCAAAUCGGAAAGCUGGGGCUGGAGGGUAUGCAGGUGGAAAUUGAGGUCGAGGCAUUGAUUGGAUGA